AUGGGAUCGUAAUGGACACGAGCAAUUCAGGAACGUUGAGUAGAAGAGGCCUGAAGACUUUGACAGGCAUGAGAAGGCAGAGGAGUCUCGAGUGGCGACAAGAAAGGGGUUAUAGUUCGAGCGAUGAAGAAAUCACAACCAGGCCUGUGGAUAGUCACGUUUUCGCUUCGCUUUUAGCUCAAGCCCAACAAGAAUACUCAUGUCUCGAAAGGUCAUACAGAUCGGACGAAACUGAAGAUGCUGCGACCACAGACAACCCCACUACCCCGUUUCCCACGCCACCCCCUACAGUCGCGUCCCCCAGGUCUCCAGCCCCCCUGCAACUUCGGCAAGCGUCCCCUUUUCCCUUGGAAAAUACCAACAGCAGGAGAAUCCACUACGCAGCCCCACAGGACAGGCUCCGAGGAACAAACGGUGAAGCCAUCUACGCCACCACUAAAAAAGCAAUGAUGAACAACACUCUGGGGCGGUCGGGACGCAGGAAAAACAGAGGGAUGACUUCAUCCAGCAGUGCCACCUCAUGCAACAGCUGCAACGAGAACAGAAACAGCAUAACGGGACAGAGUGAGAUUUCCUUCCACGAUCCCCAAGAAAACCUGGACCUUAGCAAUGAUGGAGAGUCUCCCCCAGAGCCUGCUCCUCCCGAAAUUCCUCCUAGAGGUCCUUCACUCCACAAUGCGACACUUCGCAGAAGAACUGAAUAUGCUCUUCCAGUGACAACAAAUAAUCAAAUAAGCCAGGAUACUGCCCAGUACAUCACAAAAGGGGAAUAUGUUCUAAGCAGCAACUCAUCCGGAUAUCCAGUAGCAGUUAACUCCACUAAUCAAAUAAGACUUGGCACCGCCGGCAUUCAACAGACUCAGCUGUCGCAGCAAAUUGGUACCGGGACGAGUUCCGUAAGUGGUACCGGGACUCUACAGAGUUCUCAUCAGCAGGCUCCUCUGGUUAUGCCAGUCUUUCCUCUGAGGCCCGCUCCAACUUCAGCAUCGACUCAUUAUUCACCAUAUUCCCCGUCCAGAUUCAAUAUCGACAAACGUUGUCAACACAGAUGCACCUGGAAAUGCCUCAGUAUCGGCCUUAUAUUAUUGGCAGUAGUUUUAACUGCAAUGCUAGCUUAUUUUGCAGCCGUAAAUUCGAUGAAGCCAAACAUGGAUUCGUCGAAUUGCAUUCUAGUCCAAGAUGUCAAGGACGUAACGCACGAUCACAUGACCCAAGGAUCGGUUUCCACUCAGAUGCCAACAGAGGAAUCACUACCAACGAGCACAGCAGAACAUUUCAGUGCCUCCACGCAAUAUAAUUCGCUGCAACCACCUCAACAGCGCAACAGUCAGCCACAGACUCAAUGGCCGCCGCUUCCAAUUCUAGAGGAAAGAGAGCUGGACACCCUCCACAUGGCCACGAUACCGCCCUACCAAUUCUGGAACUCAGAAUUCCGAAAUAAACAACCAGCUUUCAUCAGGUUCAACUUUACACUGCCCUGGGGUGCCAAUUUCGCUGUUUACGGGAGGAGAAAUGUAGCCCCGAGCGUGACGCAAUACGAUUUCGUUAAAUUUAUCAAGGGCGGAAGAAUCGAUCAUCGUUUACGUAAAAGAGACGCGACUACGGACGAUACAACAAGUUUCAAAGCGCCCUACGAGAGUCGGAAAAGUCGAAAAACUGAUGUUUUGGAUAGCAUUUCUAGUUCGUACGAAGGGACUAGAAAGAUAUUGGCCGACUCGGAACCCCCAAAGGGUCCUUUCUACGUUCCUCAUAGUAUCAAGUGGAGCUUCGACGACAAUGGAUCGACUGAUCUUCCCCAUCCCACAAUCGAUUUAGGUGUAGACAUCGAUGAGCAUGUGAUAUCUAAACGGGAAACUGAACAUUCGGACACUAAUAUGGUCAACAUUAGUUUAUUACAAUACUUAGAUACUGGACGGUGGUUUUUAUCGGUUUAUAACGAUGAAUUACAAGCGCACACAGUGUCGAUGGUCAUUUCGGAGGCCGAAGGUGUUAGUACUACUUGCCCUAACGAUUGCUCUGGUCGAGGAUCAUGCUACCUUGGAAAAUGUGACUGCAUCGAUGGUUUCCAAGGCAUUGACUGUUCCAAGAGUAUAUGUCCAGUUUUGUGUUCUGGCCACGGUCAAUACGGUGGAGGUCUCUGUCACUGUGAACAAGGCUGGAAAGGACCAGAAUGCGACAUUCCAGAGACAGACUGCAGGAUUGCCGAUUGUACGGGACACGGUCAAUGCGUAAAAGGAUCUUGUCAUUGCAGACCUGGAUGGAAAGGAGAAGCUUGCGAUGAACCAGACUGCGAAGAUCCCACAUGCUCAGAACAUGGCGCUUGUGUUCAUGGACAGUGCUAUUGCAAAGCUGGCUGGAAAGGCCCUCGGUGUGACGUCAUAGAUGAACAAGUGCACAAAUGUUUGCCUACUUGCUCAGAACAUGGCGUGUACGACUUGGAGAGUGCCAAAUGUAUAUGCAACCGCCAUUGGACAGGACCAGAUUGUUCUCAAGCACUUUGCAAUCUGGAUUGCGGGCCUCACGGCAGGUGCGAUUCAGGAAAGUGUCGAUGUGAGGCUGGUUGGACAGGAACAAGAUGCGAUCAGUUGCCAUGCGAUCCGAGAUGUCAAGAACAUGGUGGAUGCAGGAAUGGUACUUGCGUUUGCUCCCAAGGAUGGAAUGGACGACACUGCACACUUCCGGGUUGUGAAAACGGAUGUUCCGGCCACGGUCAGUGCACUCUGGAGGACGGAAUGUACAAAUGCGUCUGCAUACAGGGUUGGGCCGGCUCAGAUUGCAGCAUCGCCUUGGAGAUGAGCUGCAAUGAUGAUAUUGACAAUGAUCAUGAUGGCAUGACGGACUGUUCGGAUAGCGAGUGUUGCUCACACGAAAGCUGUGCUGACCACAUCAUGUGUCUAUCCAACAACGAUCCAGUGGAAGUUCUACUCAGGAAACAACCACCCUCAGUCACAGCUUCUUUUUACCAAAGAGUAAAAUUCCUCAUUGAAGAAAAUUCUGUUCAGUCGUACGCUCACAUGGACGAGUACACAGAAAGCGAGUUCUGGAAUUCCUUUACACCGCGCCGUGUAGCAGUAAUGAGAGGUCAAGUGGUCACACCUCAAGGACUUGGAAUAGUCGGUAUUAGGGUCUCUGUCGACAGGGAAUCCAGAUUGGGAUUCACGCUUACACGUCAAGGUGGAUGGUUCGACGUAUUGGUAAAUGGAGGAGGUGCAGUAACUCUACAAUUCCAAAGAUCUCCUUUCAAACCCCUCACUAGGACAGUAUUCGUGCCAUGGAAUCAGAUAGUAAUCCUUGCCCCAGUGCAUAUGCAGCUCAACGACGAUUCAGACAUAUCUAAUUUACAUACAAGUUUCUUGGCAAGAAAUCCAGCCAUCAAUUUCCCUGGUGUAUCCCGCUCACUAUUCGGACCAAACGGAGAAGUUAUCGAAACAUGCCAAGACCACGAUCCUUUCGUUCUUUCUCCCAUAAUAACGAGCACUUGGAUGCCAGAAGUUGUGGGCGGCGUACCAGGACGUUCUGUAAUCUUCGCUGAAACUCAAAUCGUACAAGAAUCUAUCCCUAUUCCAGGAUCGGAUUUGCACCUGAUGUACCAAUCUUCACAGGCUAGUGGUUAUUUGAGCUCGAUAUAUAUGAAGUUGACUGGGUCUUCCAUACCAGAAACUUUAACUCACGUUCAUGUCAGAGUAGAGGUGGAAGGUUCCCUCCACGUUAAAACAUACGAAGCUGAUCCAAAUCUUAUCCAUACCUUCGCCUGGAACAAAAGGAAUGUGUAUAAACAAAAAGUAUACGGAAUAGUCUUAGCGAAGGUAUCGGUGGGUUACGAACACUCAACUUGUCCAGAUUUGGUGUGGGAGACACAGACGGCAUCUCUAAAAGGAUUCGAUGUGGACAUUUCUGACAUAGGUGGAUGGAGCUUGGACAUUCAUCAUCACUAUAACUUCCACGAAGGAAUCCUCCAGAAGGGCGACGGUACAACCUUGCACUUUAAACAAUAUCCAAGAACGGUUCAAGUUGUCAUGGGCACUGGUCUUCAGAGACCACUAGAUUGUCCUGGUCGUUGCGAUGGACCCGCCAAAGAUAGCAAACUGUUGACUCCUGGUUCUCUGACCAGCGGUCAUGAUGGCAGUAUUUACGUUGGUGACUUCAACUAUGUCAGGAGAAUAACACCUGAAGGAAACGUUUAUACCGUGCUUCAGUUGAGUGCCACACAAGUUGCAUAUCAAUAUUUCCUCACAAUAUCUCCAGCUGAUGGACAUCUCUACGUGUCAGAUCCAGAAAAACAUCAGAUUUUAAGAGUGCUCUCCUUAGAACAAGUACAAGAUCCAAGCAUAAAUAGCGAACCGGUCGUAGGAAAUGGAGAACGUUGUAUACCUGGGGAUGAUUCUCAGUGUGGAGAUAGAGGAUUAGCCAAAAAUGCAAGGUUAGCCCAUCCGAAAGGGAUAGCUAUAGCGGCUGAUAAAACUAUGUACAUUGCCGAUGGAACGAACAUCCGAGCUGUCGAUCCGAAUGGUAUAAUUCACACCCUGAUAGGAAAUCAUGAUCAUCACAAUCACUGGAGUCCUAUUCCUUGUAGAGGAGCCAUACCAGCUAGCCAGACACAGCUGCAAUGGCCAACUGGGCUGGCACUCAGUCCUUUGGACGGAUCGUUGCACUUUUUCGACGAUCGUCUGGUAUUAAAAUUAACUGCCGACAUGAAAGUGAAGGUUGUAGCUGGAACGCCACUACACUGCCACAAAGAAGACAACCUAACCCGCGUAAAUAACGAAAACAUUUUAGGAACAGUGUUAGCGUUGGCGUUUUCUCCUCUUGGUGAAUUGUAUAUUGCUGAAGCAGAUACUCACAAAGUAAACUAUAUCAGGGUCAUUGAUUCUGCAGGUAAAUUGACGCAUUUUGCCGGCAAGGUUCAAGACAAAGAAAGAAAUAACUGCGAAUGUGCUUCCAACUUAACAACGGUGAGUCCUAGCAGAUCAACGCAUGAUCCUGUUCUUCCUUGUCUAUGUUCAUCGGUCGACGAGUUGACCAGUAAUGCAGAAACUCUCUUGUCCUCUAAUGCGAAAUUCCAAGCCAUCUCGGCCUUAACUGUUUCCCCAGAUGGUGUCUUGAACGUUGCCGAUCAAGGUUCUCUUCAUAUUCUUGCUCUUCAACAUUAUUUACCCCAACACGAUGAAAAUGGGGAAUUCAGGAUACCCUUUCCGCCUUCUGGCGAAAUUUAUGUUUUCAAUCGGUACGGACAGCAUGUUGCCACCAAAGAUCUGGCUUCUGAUAAAACUAGGUAUUCAUUUUUGUAUUCAAAAAAUACCAGUUUUGGAAAGUUAUCGACAGUGACGGACAGUUCAGGAAACAAAAUACAAUUCCUAAGGGAUUACAGCAAUAUGGUUUCAUCAAUUGAAAACACUCAAGAUCACAAAUCUGAAUUGAAGAUCUCUGGAGUGGGGUAUCUUGUUAAACUGUCUGAAAGGGGACGCUCUGAAAUAGAAUUAGACUACGACAUGAAUUCUGGACUACUGACCAGUAGAUCUGGGGGCGGUGAAACUUUCAUCUAUCAUUAUGACUGGAUGGGUAGAGUUACGAAUGUUAUCUUGCCAUCUGGUGAAACUUUAGAAUUAUCAUCCGAAAUAUCAGACAAUAAAGAAGGAUUCGAAGUAAGAAUAAGCAAACCUCAUUCCAAAUUAACUAUAAUUGAUGAAGCCAACAAGGGUGUUAUUCUACAAAAUGGAGAGUCGAUUAUAACUGCACAGAAAUUCAUAAAUUCAAGUCUGUAUGCGAUGUCUUCUUGGGGAAGUCAAGUGCAAGUAUCUGCCUUGGCAAAACAUCCUUUACUUGAAGCUUCUUUACCGGUAGAAGCGGAAAUGCUACCGGUUUGGUCUCAACAGAGUGUUUCAUCGGGGGAAGACAUAACUAAUAAUAUGUUGUUGAAAUUCAGCCUUGUAGGAGACGUAAGGAAUCCACAACAGACUCUUUGCAAAGAGAUAUUUGUUAAUAACUCGAAAGUAUUAGGAAUCGAAUUCGAUCAAUUUACAAGCAAGGAAACGUUUUAUGAUCAUGAUAAAAUGCCCAUUUUGACAAUAAGUUACGAUCCAUCAGGUCUUCCUUUAUCGUAUAGACCUCACAAUGGUGCAGACAGUGUGAAUAUUUCUUACGAUCAUUUCAAUAGAAUUGAUUCAUGGAAAUGGGGCAUAUCGGAACUAAAAUACAGCUAUGACCGUCAUGGUCUUCUCUCAGAAAUCACAAGCUCUUUAGAUGGUACCCAAACCUUCACCUAUAACAGUUGGAACCUUCUAUCCAAAAUAACCUUAGCAAGCCAAAGGAGCUUCUCCCUAUCCUAUGACGAAGAUGGUCGUUUGAGACACGUGGUCCUGCCCAGUGGUACUAGACAUUCCUUCAGUCUUCAACCCUCCAUAGGGUUCCUCAGGGCGACCUAUACUCCUCCAGACAGCAGUCGAUUUUACCUUCAGCACUUUACCCAUUCGGGUCAAAUCCUUCAAACAGUCUUCCCAGGUGAUGGUGCGCGAGUUGUCUACAGAUAUCACAAUGACGGAAAACUGAAGGAGGUUAUCUAUGGUGAUGGCAAAGUUGUUUAUCACUAUUCCGAGAUCACUGGAUUACCGAGCCAAGUGUCGCAUAUUGAAAACGACCUGGAAUACCGCUGGGACUUCCAAUAUGUCAGAGGAUUGUUGAUGGAAGAGAGAAUCGACUUUAGUGCCAAAACGGCUCUGAGCAACGCCAAGUUCACAUACGACUACGACAAUAAUUUCAGACUUGUAUCUGUUCAAGGAAGAAUUGGUGGACAGAAUCUUCCUCCCCACAUUUUGGCCUAUAACUCAAAAACUGGGGGUUUACAGAAUGUAGGACCAUUCACAGUUAAUAAAUCGAAACCUAACGAAACAUUAGUGUUUGACAAAAAGGCUACAUUCUCUCGACAUAUCAAUUCAAGAUUUUUGGAGACGCAAGUUUCUUUGACAUUCCAUGGUAUGGAAGUUUUCAGAAUGGAAUUCAGUCAUGACAUGCAUGGCCGAAUUUCUCAGACAAGAACAUACACAAGAAAUGUAGGAGUUAAUUCCUAUACAAAUGUCAAAAACUAUACGUGGGACUGUGAUGGUCAACUUCUUGGCGUGGAAGCCCAAGAACCUUGGGGCUUCAGAUAUGAUGACAAUGGGAAUAUGCUAUCUCUUACUUACAGGGGCAAUAUAAUACCAAUGGAAUACAACUCAUUAGAUAGAAUAAUAAAGUUUGGUGAAGGACAAUAUAAAUAUGAUAACAGAGGUUUAGUGAUUCAAAAUGCACGAGAAGAAAAGUUCCACUACAAUUCUAAAGGAUUAUUGAUAAGAGCCACUAAGCGAGGACGUUUCGAUGUUAAAUAUUUUUAUGAUCACUUGGAUAGAUUAUCAGCCAGAAAAGACAAUUAUGGAAAUGUUACUCAGUUCUUCUACCUUAACCCGGAACGGCCAAGGGAAGUUAAUCAAAUUUAUUCCCCAAGAGAUGGAAAGUUGAUGUCUUUGGUUUAUGAUGACAGGGGCCAUUUAAUUUACGCGCAAUUCUAUCGUCAUAAGUAUUACGUAGCAACUGAUCAAUGCGGUACGCCAGUGAUGAUCUUCAACCAAUAUGGUGAGGGAAUAAGAGAAAUAAUGAGGUCACCAUACGGUCAUAUCGUAUAUGACUCGAAUCCAUAUCUUUACCUGCCGAUAGAUUUUUGCGGUGGCCUUUUAGACCAGGUAACAUCGUUGGUCCAUAUGCCAAAUGGAAAAGUUUACGAUCCUCUGAUCGGACAGUGGAUGUCUCCUCUUUGGGAGAAUGUUUUAGAGAGAGUUUCUACUCCAACAUUACUACAUUUAUAUAGAUUCAAUGGAAACGAUCCUAUAAACAUGGGAAUCGAUAGAAAUAGACCAUCAAAUCACAUGGAAUGGUUCAACAAGUUAGGCUACGAUCUGAAAAGCUUAGCUCCCCAGCUCUUCCCCGAUGAUCUUACAGGUGGGAAACUGCCCCCACUUCUAACCAAUCCCUCAACAUUUUGGAAUCCAUCCAAAGAAUCAUUGAUCAGUUCCAUACAACUCACUUCAACAGAUAUCCAAUCAGGCUUUUUGGCUCAUUUGAACACCAGAAAAAUGAAUACAGCUGAAGAACAGGCUUCCCCAACGAAGUCGGCGCUAAAAUCUGAUGUUAUGGAUCUGAAGCUUACCAAGAUUGGUGCUGCAUCUGAGCCGCCGUUUGGUAAAGGCAUUUUGGUAUCGAGGACCUCUGACAAUCAAGCUGUAGUAUCUAGUGUACCUGCGGCUAAUGCCAUCUAUCGAGAUGUCUAUACUUCAGUGUUCAACAGGUCCUUCUUGUUGCCAUUUUCCUUCGUUGUUCAUAACGCUCAACAGGAUGCCUUUUAUUUUGUGAAGGAAGAAAUUUGGAAGGCGAGCGACGACAAGGGACAGCUAAAAAGACUGCAGGGUCAGGUAAACACAACAUUCCACGAAAGUUCCAAAGAGAACGGCAGUGGUAACAACUACUUUGAUGUUAAAAUACACGGUGCAAACGCCGUUGUCAAUUUACGAUACGGCACAACGAUAGAAAAGGAGAAACAGCGGCUAUUGCAUCACGCUAAACUGUCCGCCAUAAGAAAAGCGUGGCACAGAGAGAAAGAAUUACUGAAAGCUGGAUUCACAGGAUCUGUGGAAUGGACAGCCAAUGAAAUCGAGGAAAUAAUGAAGAUUGGUUACCUUACUAAUUAUGAAGGAAAUUACAUACACGAUGUACAACUUUAUCCAGAAUUGGCAGAGGAUCCCUACAAUAUCAGAUUUACGAAAAAACAGGGUGACUCUUCGAAGAAACGUAGGAAAAAGCGGGAGACGAAGAAAAAGUUAUGUCAUGAUAAAUGGUGGUUCUCUUGGAGGGGGGGAGAAUGCUAGUGCUCCUUCUGGUAUAGACUUCAACCGAAGAUAUAUUCAAUUAACUAUGUGUGAUGAUGUACCAAGAAAAAAAUAACUCGCCACCAUUGACGAGACCUUUUUUACCAAAAAUACCAAAGUCUAUUUGUGUAUGUAUUUCAAAGAUGCCAAAAAUGUAUAAUUAUUUAUUUACCAAUAUGUUACCUAUAUAUGUAUGUGAUUUGAAAGCUAUAUCACUUAUCGUUGCCUUGAAAACACCAUUUUUUAUAUAUACUUUUAAUAAUGACUGAUUAUAUCGAGGUGACGAUGCGUGCCUAGCUUCUUGUAAAUAUUUUCAUCGAUAUAAAUCUUUCUUCUAUCAGGAACAAUCUGGAUAAUUUCGGAAAGGAGUACUUUAUGAAGAGAAUAUGUAAGUAAGUAAGUAUAUAAUUCCAUAUCAACAUCUCUCUCUCUCUCUCUCAUUACAACGAAAUCGAGAAUGAAAGUAUAAUGUAACGAAAUGUGUAAUUUAUAAACAUUGCAAAUUCCCUUAUGGAAAACUUAUAUUUCGUAUUUUGAAUAACUGAAUUUUUUUUAUUCAACGACAUUUUCAUAGAAAAUCUGUACCUUUUAUGUAAUGUUGUAGAUACCAAAAACUUUUGUCUUUUGAAUAUUUCGAAUAUUGUGGUUCCUAAAAAGUGAAAUGGUAAUUUUUUUCACCAUUCAUAUGUUACUUAUUCAUACUCCAAAAACUUUUUUAUUUCACAAUGCACAAAUUAAUUGAGGUUGAUGAAAUUGUCCCGCCUUUUCCGAAGUUAUCCGAUAUUCAACAGAAAAGAUCGAAAAUUUUCACAUUUCGAAUAUAAACGGAACUGAAAAGGUUGGCAUUACCUUAAACUUGCUCUAUUAUUUAGAGUAGGUCAUUUGAAAUCUCUGAAUGAGAAUAAGAUUACUGUAAAUAUAGUCCAGUUAUUAUUACCUUUUUAAUGAUUUUGAAAAUUAAAAAGAUCGAAUUUAUCUAGAUAGGCGAGAAAUUGAAUUAUUAUUACUGUAUAUGUUGUGUUGCUUUUCUUGAAAAUAUCAUUAUUGUGACUGAGGCAUGUUUGAUAGUGAAGCAAAUUUUUAUGCUAUGUACCUUGCGAUUCACGAUAAAAAGACACUGAAAUUCUUAUUUUGUUACAAAUAAAUCAGGUAUCUAUAUAUAUAUUUUUACUUCGCCUGCUACAAAUGUCUCGAUAUUUUCAGUGUGCUACAUAGUAACUACCUACUGUUGAACGUCAUCACUUGGUAUGAAAAAAUCGAAUGUGUCAGUUUUAAACAUUACUCAUUGAAGAAUUGCAAAACCGAGUUCAUGCCUAAACUACCCAUGAAAAAAAUUAAAUUAAAAAAUAUCAUAAGAGAUCUUAUCAAUUUUCACCCUGAAAUGAGUAAUGUUUUCGAGAAAAACCCCCAAACUGUAAUAAUUUAAUGUUAUUAUCUGUGUUAUCCAUGGAAAUGUAUAUCUUGCUGGUAUCUAUAAGAAAUAUGUUAUCGACAUUUAUAUUAUUUCACAACUCUUUUUAUUUGACCAAAUUAUUUUCAUGAAAGCCGAUAUUACUAUUUUAUUUUUUCUUAUAAAUAUUAUAAAUGUUUUAAUAAACACAUUGUUUUUUAA